UAUUGGACUUAUAUGAAAUGUCUCAACAUAUACUUGUCCACACAUAACUUUUGUUCUUUUAUAUAUCGAUGAUAUCUAUAAUUGUCACUUGACAAAGAUUGAUGAUUAAACCAUAUAUCACACAUGUUUAAGCAACAAAAUCAGUCUUGGUAUAGUAUCUAAACUUAGUAUCAUAUACUAACCAUAGCAAAAACAGUAUUUAUCAUAUUGGUAGUCACAUAGUGCUUCUCAAGAGGGUUUUGCAAGCUGCAAAACUGAGUUAGUGUUAAUAUGAAAAAGAAUUCUGGUCCCUCUCAGAAACUAGGUUCAUUCCUAAGUCCAAAGGAACCAAAUUACAGAGAAAAAAACAUUGAAAACCAAAAAGGGUGGAACUCAGAAAGAGUAUUGUUGCAUCCAACAACAAGCAGCAAUAUCAGAAGACAAGCCUAUGUAGCUGGCGUUUCACCCUUCAACAGUGGAAGAACAAUACCUUCUAAAUGGGAUGAUGCAGAGAGAUGGAUUUGUAGUCCAGUUUCAUCUUCAGGCUAUGUUCAACAUCAGAGAAAUCCCAAAUCAAAAAGUGGUCCAAUUGUGCCACAAGGAACAACUUACUACUCCAAUUUUUCGCCUACAAUUCCACUGCGAAAUGGUUUGGUGGUGAAAAACUUAAUGAUGAGUUCUCCUUUUACAACUGGUGUGUUAGCACCGGAUAUUGUUUCUCUUCAACAUUAUUAUCCACAUGACAAUUUGUAUGGUGCACGUUAUGACAUUGAUGAUGAUAGUUCAGUGGUUAAUGAGAACGGUGUUGCUCAUACAUCUGCGUCGAACGCGCCUUCGUGGUCAGAACUUCUCUCUGAUCCGUCUUCGCCAAAUUCUCAUGAUGAAAAAUUUGAUGGAACAAAGAAUGAGGACACUGUGAUGUCUCCUAUGUCAAAAAUUGAUAAAGGUACCCAAAUGAGCUCUCCAGAGACUGAAAAUGAAGACCAUUCAUCUCCAAAAUCUUCAUCCCCAAUUUUGGCCAUGAAUCCAAAAAGUUGCCAUUCAGAAAAGUUAGAGAUCAAAGAUGUGCAGGUAGACUGUCAGGCUAAUGUUAUUAAGUGGUCUAAGAGUUAUGCAUCCAAGCUAAGCUCUUUCAAUGGUAAAGAGUUAAAGAAAAGUGGUACAGAAGCUUCAGGUUUGGAUAUUGCAGAGACAACAUCGGACACUUCCAGUUCCAAGUUUGAGAGAGAUGAUGAAGCUAAAAUCAUUGCAUGGGAGAGUUUGCAGAAAGCAAAGGCUGAAGCUGCAAUAAGAAAACUUGAGAUGAAAUUGGAAAAGAAGAAAUCGUCAUCAAUGGAUAAGAUUCUAAACAAGCUGAGAAGGGCACAAAUGAAAGCUGAAAAGAUGAGAAGCUUAACACCAGUUCAACAAGAGCAGCAUGUUUCCAAGACUUGGAAAGUAUUUUCAUUCACCAAAUAUGGCAAAAUAUGGUCUCCAAGCAGCUGCUUUGCAAGCCAUGCUCCGUGACCAAUCCCAUAUACACAUCCCAUGUUCAUUCUAGUUUUUUUUUUAGGUUUUUUCAGGUAAACACAAUAGGAUUGUCAUAUUUCAAUUCAUAGGCUCUACUUGGAGUAGCCUUCUGCACUUUACAUAUAUACCUAGAUAGUGAACAUUGCAUUAUCUUGUUGUCAGUUGAUGUAUUUUGCAUCGUACAUUAGGCUAAGAGAUAAUCCUUUCAUACAUGUUGCUUGUAUCGAAAAUCAGGAUUAUUUCUGAAUACAAACUUGUUUUUCUUUCA